AUGGAAAUACUGCAUUAGGACAGAAUAUUAAUACAUGUGCUGAAACUUGGUUUAGUCUCUACUUUCUUGUUUGGUUGCAAUCAUUACUUAUAUGUGCAUCAUACUGUAAACACUUUAUUGAUUGUGUGCAAAGUCUUUUCACUCAACUGACAAGGAAAAUCCUUAGUGUCAGUUCAGUAGUUACACAUUUUGGAACAAUUUUGCAUUGACUAGUCCAGUAAAGGUAAAAAUAGCUAGUAUAAUGUGGUGUAGUUGUUAUUGUCAUACUAAUUGUUGUUUGCUAAUAUGGAUUUUUGUUUUACCAGAUAUAAUGGAUUUGACAUGGAUGUCAUGUUGCUUUAGCAUUUUAAUUUGUAAUGUUUAAAUUCAGUUCUCUACUAUGUUGCAUUGUGUUGUGCUAUUGUAUUUAAUGGUUGCCCAAGUCAUUAUUGCUGCUGUGUUUUCAUUAUACUGAUUCAUCCUUUCAUGUUUGUUUAUAUGCUGUGUUAAUUUUAUUUGUAUUGCUAUUUCUUUUAUCUUUUUCAUAUUUUUUUUCAUCAUCUUAAAUUGCUCUUUAAAUGUUCAUAAUAAUAGAUGAUUUUUGGUUUAUCCCCUUUUUCUUUUUUUUUCUUUUUUUUUUUCCUUUUUCUUGGAGCUGGCCAUCUAUGAGCAGGCUGUUGGUGCAGGGGUAGGGGAACCUGACAACAGCCUCUCUGUGGAGGGCUUCAUCCAGAAGACUCUAGGCUCUGAAGAAUGGGUGUUGCUCGACUUUGAAAUGGAGGAGAAAGGAAAGUACAAAGCUAGUACACCUACACAUUAUCUGGUCAUUGAUCCCCUUCAAAAGGAGGAGACAGAAAAACAACAGGAAAUUACCAAGAUGACACAUGUUGACCUAAUGAGAGAGGACAGUGAUGAAACACAAUUGCACAUGAAGACAUUUGCAUCCUCAAAAAUAUCACUAAUGGACAAGUCAAGCGAAUCUAAGGAAAAUAUAAUCACAGGGGAAGAUGCCACAACAAAGAUUAAAUUUAAACUGUCUCAUGAAAUAUCACAAAAAGAGCCUACACCACUUGCUGAGUCUCAGCCUAACAACAAGAUUACAAUUACAGACAUCCUGGAGGAGAGUUCUCAACAUAAAGUCAGAAGGGAAAAAAGACCUCAAAGCUUAAACUUGGGGAAGUCAAGGGACUUUGUUUAUGAGACAGAAGCCAAAGGUUCAAACAUCACACACGAUAGUGUAGAGUCUGAUGAGGACAACAAUACUGAACUUAUAAAGGAGACUGUGAUCUGUCAUCUUGAAAAUUUCACCACAAGAAAAGAAACACUGACAUCAUCCAUUGCUGAAAAGCUAAAUAAGCCAGCCACAAAUACAUAUGCUGCAACACGGAUUAAAGAAAAUGCAGAGUUUGACAGAGUAAUGGGAAAAAACUCGCAGAUUCCCAAUCAGGGAUCAAGAAAGAUGCAUGAAAAUUUGCAUGAUUCAGGAAAGUCUGAUGAUGCAAGAAAAUGUGUAGAAUGUCAAGAGAAGUUAUCCGACGAAGUAAAGAUUAUGAACACUGAAGGCAAACAAGAAAACCAAGAUUCAUUCUGUGGCCCUGGCAAAGAAGAGCAGAAAAGUGUCAAGACUGAUAUCAGAUUUGAAGCCAUGAAUGUCCUCAUGAUUGAUAAUAGUGAUAUUCAAGGUAAAUCUGUUAAAGCAAAGAAGAAAGAAACAGAAUAUUUGGGUCUUGAAAAGAAGAUAAGCAAUUUUGAACUGGAAGAAUCUGCAGAAAUCCAACUGGCCAUGGAACUGAGAAAAACUAGCCAGAGAGUUACUGAACAUGUGAGAACAGAUAUAACAAGAAGUGUUCCAUUAAAACCUGAGAGAGUGAGGAGCCAAGGCAACAAAUAUGACCUAGAUAUUGGACAAGGCUCUGAACUAAUGAAAAUAAAUGUUAAAAGAUACAGUAUGAAUGAAUCUUUCGUGAGACACUUUGACCCCUGUGAGUUCGAAAACAGGAACACUAGCUAUUUCCAUAGAAAAUGCACCACAAGUCUAGUGAAAGGUAAUAUAAGUCAGGAAUUGUCUUUAGCUAUCAAAGACAUAUGUGUGUGCUCAGAGCAUCAAGCGAUAAAGAGUCUUGAGAGUUCACCAAAAGAAAGAGGUAUACGGAAUGAAGACUCUACAAAACAUACCAACAGAAUAGUCCGCAGAGAUCUUCUGCAUACUGAUGAGAGAAUUUCAGAACUUCAUUUCUCCAGACAGACAGUUAACCAAAAAAAUACCCCUCCAACACCUCCAGUCAAAACAAAGAAAGCAAGAGAAUCAGGUUUCUUUCUGCGCAAUAGUCACAUUUUCAGCAAAGACCCAACUCUUGAAGCCAACAAAAAGAACCUUCUGGAGCCUCUGUCCACUGCUUCUACUCUUGAAGACCCACAAUAUGAUGUUAAGCAGCAAUCUCACUCUGCACUGGAAGACAACUAUAAUUGUGAGUUUGCUGGCUUAAAGGACACCUACCUGGCCAUCGAGAGGAAAUGUUCAAGUAUGACUGUCAGCUCCACUUCAUGCCUGGAAGCUGAGGUGGAUUUCACUGUCAUUAUGGACUUACACAGUGAUGUGGAGGAAUUUUCUAGAGGCAUGACUGAGCUUGUUGAGAAGGACAAAUUAGAGCUGAGCAGGGAGAAAUUUGGCAACACUCCCGGGUCUCACUCCACCUGUCACAUGAGUUUGCAAGAUGUAUCACCUGGAAGAAAACAUCUCCUUGAUGAAGGUCAUGGUCACCAAGAUAUAGAACCUCCCCCGGUUGCCAAGAAAGACCCCAGUGCAGUGAAUGCAGCCCAGAUGUUGAAAAAAGGAGCAGUUAAAAUGGAACUCCAUUCUAAUGGCUCUGAGGCACCUGUCAAAGACAUCUGUUAUCAUAAACUGGAAGAGAGCAGAGUUAAGGACGCAAAAGAGAAUGAGUCCCCUGUAAGGUCAAACAGUGUAGAAAGACAAUUUGUUGCUUCUCCUAUCACCGUCACUACGGAAAGCAUUACCUCAGCAACCACGACUCAAGUGUCCAAGACAGUAAAAGGAGGUUAUGCAGAGACCAGGAUUGAGAAAAGAAUCAUCAUAACAGGAGAUGAUGAUGUCGAUCAACAUCAGGCCCUCGCCAUGGCAAUACAGGAGGCCAAACAACAGCACCCUGAUAUGCUGGUGACUAAGGCCAUAGUGGUCAGGGAAACAGACUCUUCAUAUGAAUAGAAACAUCGAACAUAUGAGUCUUGAUCAAUAAAAGACGCUAUUUGGAACGUGGAGAAAAGAUCAACUCUAGUUGAUGUAUUUCAGUUGAAAGGAGUUGUGUUACUUAUGUUACUGAACAGUUUGCCCAAAACAAAUCACCCAUGCACCAAGUCCUUUGCCAUCACAAUCUAAUCUGUCUAAUUUAGUGACAAUCUCCCAUCCUCCGGUGUCUUUACAAUGCUCUGUACCAUUCAGAAUACUUUCAACAUAUCAACAGUAGUCUGAAUUAUCUGCAGUCUUGUAUAAAUGUCAGUAAUUUAACAUUUAAUUUAGAGGGGAUUUAAAAAAAAAAAAGCUGAAAGUGUUGGAAAACUAAUGCUAUUAUGCAUGGACUUCAUUCUGUGACAUCAGACUUGGAAAAAAAUCCUUCCAAACUGAAUCCAUAUGUGGCAUUUUGUUGUGGCAAGACAUGGCAAUGAUUAUACACA